GUAGAACUCUCAUGUGUCAACGCGAGUCACGAGAUCCUCUGUGUGACCGGUGUUAUAAAUUCAAUAAGUCAGGAGAUAGCAUCUUUGGAGAGUGAUUUGAUCUUUUCUUUUCUUCAAUCUGUUUUAAGAGAGGUUCGAAAUUGAAAUUGAAAACCCAAUCUGCAAGGAUAUUUGCAAGCCAGAGAGACCUCUGUCCCAUCACUUUAUUGGACUUAGGAUUAUGUAACUUUACAGGAAAAUAGGUAGAUCCUUUCCCAUCCAGAACAUAUUACCAUCUUGAUAUCGUCCACUAAAAGUGGAUAUAAAUAUUUAUACGUUCUAGUCAUAAACUCAUUCACGAUGCCCAGCGUGUGUACAGAGUCAGUGAUGGACACGGAACAGAUGGCGAAGAGCCUGAAAGUCACCGACAACCCGCGUGUUGUGAUCAUGGGCGCAGCAGGUGUCGGGAAAACGUCCAUCGUCCAGCAAUUUCUGUACGAUGCCUUCCCUUUGAACCACGUGCCCACAGUGGAAGAAAUGCACUGCAGCGUGUACGACAUCGGAGGUUCUUCUUUGACCUUGAACAUCUUGGACACUAGUGGAUCUUAUGAGUUUCCAGCAAUGCGGAGGCUGGCCAUCAAGACAGCGGACGCCUUCAUCCUCGUGUAUUCCGUCGACGACACAGAAUCGUUCCGAUACGUGUCAACUUUGAGAGAACUGAUCUUGGAAUUGCGACUCAAAGAGGAUAGUGUUCCGAUUGUGGUAGUCGGGAACAAGAGCGACCUCGAAGAUAAACGAACUGUUCGAAAGGAGAUCGCGGAAUCUGUAGUGACGAUCGAUUGGGAAAACGGAUUCGUCGAAGCUUCAGCCAAAGACAACCACAAUAUUCUUCAGAUCUUCAAGACUGUUCUUGCACAGGCUCAUAUUUGUUAUGCUUUGGGACCUGCUGUCGAGCGCAGGCGAAAAUCCCUGCCUGCUCAACCGACAUUGCCGAGAGUCAGGAACAUAAUCGAACAAAAACGACACAGUUGUGCGAUACAGUGACUACUUUUUUAAUAUUUUUUUCUUUUUAUGUCUACUGUGGUGCUUUUCAUAUACAACUUGCCGAAGAAAAAAAUCAAAAUUUACACGUAAUACUUACUCGUUACGAAAAAUAUUGGUAAAAUAUUCGUAACAUACUUUACAAAUAUUGUAUGAUAAAUGUGUAUCUUGUAAAGAUUGCCUUGAAUAUGUCUUCGAUGAUUCAAUGUAUACUCUUCAACAUUUCAUAAUAUGUUUGAAUUCAUUUGAUGACGAUGAAUAUGUGAAAUUUUUGACUUUGUCUAAGUUGAGUAAAAACUUGACUCCUAGGGUAGAAGCAAAAAGAUAUUUUCCGAUGGCGCCAUCAUUUCUUCAGGCGAUCCAGUAUACAACAUUUUCAUUCAAUUUAUGAAAUAUGCCUCUGUUUUGAAAUGUAGCUUUGUCAUGACUUAAUAUACAAUUUCUUUUUUAAAGCAGUUCUUGGGUGUUUGGUGUUGCAUCAGAGAACUUUUUGAGGUUAAAAAGUAUUAAAUUGUUGCUAUUGUUCGUUUACCAGGAGAAGGCACUUGGCUCCACCUUCAUCACGUGGUAUACGACAAUUCUAUUUCGCUCUUUUCGAAAGAAGGCUUAUGGUCGUAGCAUUUUGCUGAAAAAGCAGCAGUUUUUAUAAUUUAGGAUUUAGGAAUAAGGAAAGUUACAGCAGAUAAGAGAAACAAGUGACCUACAGGACACGAGGUCUUUUUCGCACAUUUAAUUGAGCUAUCGCUCGCCAAAGUUGUAGUUGUCUCAUUUACAACCACGUGAGCGAGUUUACCAAUCACCUCCACGCUAAAAUGAAAACUGCGUUUGAGAAGGCUGAGCGAAGUGCCAUUUCGUUGAGAACGCACAAUACAAUAAAUUACAGUGGAAAUUUGCUUCCUUGAAAUCAUUGGGAUUGGAACCAAAUAGAAAUUUUGAAGCAUCAGGGUUACCGGGAAAAUUCAAUGAUAAAAUUGAUUCAUUAUUAUUUUUCUCUUAAUAGAAAGGAAAAUCCUAAUUUAUUUCCACUACUGUAUUACAUUACAUUUUAUUAAUUUAACAUUCUACCAUGUUACAUUGCAGUUGGCAAUCUUAAGGCCAUUAAUUAAAAUGUAUCACAGUAGAACAGAAAAUUAUCCGUAUCUGCUAUGUUUUUUUCAAUGAGUCAAUAUAAAAGAGUUGCUAUUGAUCUGUAUUACUUCACAAUAUUGCAUAUUAUAAAUUGAUGAUCUAAAAUCAUUGUGCAAGUAAAUGUAAUUGCUGAAUUUUUCCUUUACCAACAUACUAAUACAUACUUAGACGUUUUCAUCUGGGUAGCCAUUGGCAUUUACGCAUUUCUAUACACUAGCAAAUUUGAAUUUUUACCGAUUUCGUUUCCUAUUAUCCACGUAUUUCAAUCCUGUGAGUUUGGAAAAGCAAGGUUCCACAGCAUUUUUUGUACUGUAAUAUUUUUAAAUUAUGAAAGCAACCUGUGCAUUAAUAUAUUCUAUCAUUCACUUUUAAUGCUCUCUGUUUACGAAAUGGUUAUCUAGUCAUUUGUAUUUUUAUGUACGCAUGUUAUUUGUUUUGUUUUAUAAUUGAUUACUGUAACUGAUCAUGACUCAAAUAUACUUUCAAAUAAACAUCUGGUGCUACAAAC